AUGUCAGUCUUGCGAUCACAACCUACCUCUGUUGUACCGCUACAUCUGACAACUUCUACCAGUCGCAAAACAGAACAGGAGCCAUCACUAUUGCAUUCCGCAAUAAUUGAGCGACGUCAAGACCUUUCGGUGCCGAAUUCGAAUUCGAAUCUGGAUUCAAACCAUCGAAUAAAAAAAGAUCACAAUAAUCAUACUAGCUACCAUUCUUCCUCGAAUUCGGAGUCGAACAUGGAAAGUCCCCGUUUGUCAGAUGGUGAAUCUUCCACUCCGACAUCUAUCGAAGAGUUGAACCCGACAAUAAAUAAUUCGAGGCUGGUGAAAAGAAACUACUCAAUAUCAAUUGAUCCUUUGCAUAACAACAACAGCAAUAACAAUACUGAUGAUGACCAUCCAAACACUAUAACUUCUCCACGACCAAAUAGCACUAAUAAUAGGGAAAUCCAGAAAUAUAGUUUCCCUGAAAAUAAGGAGUCGAAAAAGAUAACAACACCCUCGUUAAGUUCGAAUAAUUAUUUGGACAAUUCCAGUCUAGUUCACACUGAUUCGUACAUCCAAGACUUGAAUGAUGAUCACAUUUUAUUAAACAAGCGCGUUUCGAGGCGAUCUUCCAGAAUAUCAGCAGUAACAGCGACUUCCACAAUAAUUAAACAAAGGAGAAAUACUCAGGAUUCAAACUUGCCGAAUAUUCCCUUUCACGCUUCUAAGCAUUCUCAAAUACUACCUAUGGAUGAUUCAGAUAUGAUGAAACUGUCCAAUGGAAAUACCAGUAUGAAGCCAAAUCCUGCUACUAAAAUUAAUCAUUCAAUGACUUCUCUACCUCUUCACCCACUCCCACAACCUUCUCAAAAAUCAAAGCAAUAUCAUAUGAUAUCCAAAUCAACCACCUCUUUGCCGCCAGAGAAUGACCAUUACUACCAACACACACGUGGCAAUAAUCAUAAUCAUGCUGCCGGCGCUGCUGCUUCUACUAAUACUGCUGCUGCUGCUGCUGCUGCUACGGGUCUGAAAAGAUCGGAAUCCGCUACUGCAGAGAUUAAGAAGAUGAGACAAUCCCUGUUGCAUAAAAGAGAAAUGAAAAGGAAAAGAAAAACAUUCCUAGUGGAUGACGACCGUGUUUUGAUCGGUAAUAAAGUUAGUGAAGGUCACGUCAACUUUAUAAUAGCUUAUAACAUGCUAACUGGUAUUCGUGUUGCAGUGUCACGUUGUUCCGGCAUAAUGAAACCUUUAACACCGGCGGAUUUUAGAUUCACGAAGAAGCUUGCCUUCGAUUACCAUGGUAAUGAAUUGACCCCUUCUUCCCAGUAUGCAUUCAAGUUUAAGGACUAUUGCCCGGAAGUAUUUAGAGAACUACGUGCAUUGUUCGGUCUCGACCCUGCUGAUUAUUUGGUUUCGUUAACUUCCAAGUACAUUUUGAGUGAAUUGAACUCACCAGGUAAAAGUGGUUCAUUUUUUUACUAUUCGAGAGAUUACAAAUAUAUUAUCAAAACUAUUCAUCAUUCUGAGCAUAUUCAUUUGAGAAGGCACAUACAAGAAUACUAUAACCAUGUAAGGGACAAUCCGAACACUUUGAUUUGUCAAUUUUAUGGGUUGCAUAGAGUGAAAAUGCCUAUAUCGUUUCAAAAUAAAAUUAAGCAUCGGAAAAUCUACUUUUUAGUCAUGAAUAACUUAUUUCCUCCACACUUAGACAUUCAUAUUACCUAUGAUUUGAAAGGAUCUACAUGGGGUCGUUUCACCAAUUUGGAUAAACAAAGAUUGGAAAAAGAUAGAUCUUAUAGGCCUGUGAUGAAAGACUUAAAUUGGCUUGAAGAAGGUCAAAAAAUUAAAUUCGGUCCAUUAAAGAAGAAAACUUUUUUAACCCAGCUGAAAAAAGAUGUGGAAUUGCUUGCUAAGCUAAAUACAAUGGAUUAUUCCUUGUUAAUUGGCAUUCAUGACAUCAAUAAAGCCAAGGAAGACGACCUACAGUUGGCAGAUACCGCAUCUAUUGAGGAGCAACCACAGACGCAAGGGCCAGUAAGAACUGGCACCGGAACGGUAGUACGACAUUUCUUUAGAGAGUUUGAGGGUGGCAUCCGAGCAUCUGAUCAAUUCAACAAUGAUGUGGAUUUGAUAUAUUACGUGGGGAUAAUCGAUUUUUUGACGAAUUACUCAGUAAUGAAGAAAUUAGAAACAUUUUGGAGGAGUUUGCGCCAUGAUACCAAGUUGGUGAGUGCCAUACCUCCAAGAGACUACGCUAAUAGAUUUUACGAAUUCAUAGAAGAUUCUGUGGAUCCUCUGCCUCAAAAAAAAAUUCAAUCGUCGUAUAGAGACGAUCCUAAUCAGAGAAAUUAUAAAGAUUGA